AAAAACCAAAACCACACAUUUCAAAAGAUAUGCCAAUUUCUCUCACCCUUUUUAUCAACUAGUCAACUAUUGUCAGUGCAAUGCAUACAAAAAAACUUCUUCAAUGGUGAGAGGAGAACUUGCGGUGGCAAGUAACGCCGGAGGAUCUGAAGGCGCCGUUAUCUUACUCUACAUUUGGGCAGCUCUUGUGGCUAUCUCCGUCAUAGUCGCCGUGACUUUCUCCUGUAGCGACGGUGCUUCUAAAUCUGAUACUAACAACGUCCAUGCCUCCGCGUGCGCCGCAGGCUGUGGUGGAGGUUGUGGAGGUUAAACGGUUGGCAAUUUUUUUUUUUUUUUGGUCCACGUAUUGCAACAUUUUUAACGUUUUUCUCAAAAAAGCAUGCAUUUUAUCGGGUUUGAACCGGGUGGUGACACAGCUAGUAGUACAAACGAGGAGGUUAUUGUCGUUUAACGGGUCUUAUAGAGGCAGUUUUGUGUUUAGAAUAAAGGAAUUUAACUACAAAUCAUAUGUGGUUUCUUGAAUUAAUAUGGAGUUAAAAAGCGUGUACU